AAAAGCUCUUUAUCUCGUCUUCUGUACAGAGGUGAGGUGUCUCUUCUGACAAACAGACCUUCUGCUAAAUCCAUGCUGGCAGCUUUGCUGGCAGAGCUGUUUUCAUGGAAUCACAGACUAGUUUGGGUUGGAAGGGACCUUAAAGCCCACCCAGUUCCAACCUCUGCCAUGGGGCCCAGAGGCUUGCCCAGGGCCCCAUCCAGCCUGGCCUCUGCGGAUGGGGGAGCCAUCUGUUUUGAGUCAGGACAAGUUAAAACCUAAGCCUCCCCAGCCUUGCUGCUGCUCAUGGUGUGCCUGAGCCCUGCUGCUGGAGCUCUGGUCCUCAGCAGCUGUGUGCUGGUGGGAAUGCCUGUCACUUAAUGAAGCACAAGGAAAGAAAUGCUGUGGCUUUUGCAUUCAGAGAAGAAAAGGAAAAAACACUGGAUUGGACCUGAUUUGUGUGUGAAAGGGAAGUUCAGUGUGGUCCAGCCCAUGCUCAUUGCUUAAACCCUCAUGCACAGAAAGGUGUCAGAGGGGGGCCUGUGCAAUCCAGGCUGAGUCCAAGGUGUGAGCAUGGUGCUUUUGGGGACUUUGAUCCCCUCAGUCAGAAAGGAUGCCUGGCUGGGUCUGGAGAGGAAAUGCCUUUCGUUUGGCAGUCACUGCCUUGAGCCUUCUCUGGGUGGCUCUGGCCACAUGUAACCCCCUGGAGUGCCUCCUGGGUCACUUCAGGCCAGGCCCGCCAGGAUGGCAGAGGAGCACAGGUGACACAGAACUGAAACCUGCUGUGUUUCACUCUGCUGUCACAUCUCUGCUCCUUUGCCUUCCCCUGGUGCAGCGCACUUGGGGCUUGUCUGCCCCUUUUUCUGUUCAAGCAAAUUGCUGCUGGGAAACCUCCUUUUGAGCUAUUUUCUAACAUGUGUACUGGCAAAUACUGAUUUCACUCUUGUGAUAGAUGUCUUUCUUCCCUGAGAGCUGGGCUGUGUUAAAAAUGUCCCAUGUCUGCAGCUGCCCUGUGCUCUUCCCUUUUAAUCUGCAGUGGAGGUUUGUCAUUGUGUGAAUGAAGCACUGGGUCUUUAAUGAAGGAUGCUGCUUCCACUCCACGUCAGGAAUCAUUAGUGCAGACACUGCUGGGACUUGUUGCUAAAGGAAUGGGUUUGCCAGUGCCCAAAUUAAUCCAGGAAUUGCCUGGCUUCUGAGCACUCAAAGCCUAAAUCUACUUGACAGCUUCUGGAGGGACAAAUAUGGUGUGGAAAUAUUUGAUCUCUCAGCCAGCUAAUAACUUGAAAACAAUGUAAGUCAGUGAUUAUAAAAUGCUCUGAGAGACAAAAGGAGAAUUUACAUUUGCAUCGUAGAGCUUCAGUCCAGCGUGACUCUCAAAACAAGCUGCAGUUGCAGAUAAUGCAUUUGUACUUUGUGUGGACAUCUUCACCUCUCAGAGCCCCUUGGAAGCCGGGUCACAUCCUCCUGGUGGCACAGACUGGGGUGACCCGGUGCUGUGUGCACUGCUGACACAGGAGGCUGGUGUGCCAUUUGGGGGGAGCAGUGGAGCGGUAUUAUCUGUGCCACGUGUGCUCCUCCCGACACAGCCACGUUCUGGGCAAGUGAAUGAAAGCCCAUUCCUUGGGGCUUCGGCAGUGUGUAACAUCUCCAGGGCCAGGCACAAAGCUUCCUGUGCUCUCACAGCUUUGCCGUGGGUACGGUUGCUCCUUCCCCUAAAGCACAGCACGUUGCCCCACCGGCUCGCUGAGCAGCACGCAGCUCGGCCCAAGUGCCAGCAAGCUCAUUGUGAGCACACAGCAAACGAAGGUAAAUUGCUAGGACAACUCACUUAGCUCCAAGGGAGACCCUCACCUGAAGCUACCAGGUUUCGUUAUUCAUCAUUUUCUCUGGAAGUUCACUUUUGCCCUGGGGCUGCAUUACGGUGCGUUGCUUCCAAGGCUGCGGCUGCCUGCAGCAGCGGAGCAGUGUGCUCAGCCCAUGCUGCUCUCACUGGGCAAUGGAGGUGUUUGCAGAGCCUCAGCCCCUCCGAGCUUCUGAGUAUUUGCAUGAAAAAUUACCGCUGCUCUCUUUGCUUCUCUUCAGGCUCACGCUGUAGGCUGCUGUCCCAAAGGAGCCCAAUCAGAUCCAGAUGUCUCACCAGUUGUAUGUGUUUUUUAAUCUGUAUCCCAACUUCACAUAAGGCAGUAUCUGAUUUCUACAUGCAGUCUCCACCGCCCAGAAACGAAAAUACAUCUCAAGCAAAAAGCAAGACAUUCAAGGAGUGGAAGUCCUCCCAGGAGUAGAAAGAAGCACCAGAUCUCAGGUUUCUUGUCUCAGCCUCGGAGCCAGAAGCCGGGUGCAGUGGUGGCAGGGUCACUGUAGCACUUGGGAUGAUGGUUUGUUCUGCUGGGAUUGGUGAACGGUGAACCCACCACCUCUCUGGGCACCUUGUGCCAGUGCCUCGCUGCCCCUGUAACAAAAAGAAUUGGAUCUGGGAGGAUUGGGGCCAGCAAACCUGAGCUGGGGCUGGGAAGAAGCAGGGCUGUGUGGGUGAGGAGGAGGAAGGUGAGUUAACAGCAAGGCUCAGGAGCUGGUGCUGCGUGGAGGUGAGGGGCGUGGAUGAUGUAUGGACACCAGAAGGAGUUCAAGUUUCAGAGCAAUGAUUGGUGGCGCAGGGUGACAGCCAGACAUGCUGUGUGUUGGUGUGCAGCUCCCUGCAAAGGGCUCCUUGAGUCACUCCUGUGAACCUCCCUGCGCCUACAGCGGAAAGAAAAGUCAGAAACGAUGCUUUUUGGAGGGAAUGAAUGGGCAAAGAGAGGCAGUGCUGUGUCCCAGUGAAGCUGCAGAGCUCUGUACCAUUCCACUCUGUGUUUGUGCACUGCUCCUUGGAGAAUGGGGAAGCUGGAGGGGAGCGGAGGAGUUUAGGAAGUUCACAAGCAGAGCGUUUGUGUUGUUUCUGGCAUGGAAUUACCGGCUGUGGGCGUCCCUUCGUGGUGCCAUCCACCUCCCACAGCCACAACCGACCCCACUGCUCCCAUUAAGGGAGGCUCCGUCGGUUCCCGGCACAGCAAGGCUUGGGCUGUGGGUUGGGCCACAAGCAAGGUGCAGCCGGAGCCAGAACGAAGCUGAUCAGUGUGGGAUGGAGUGCUGGAGGCAGCUGCUGCUGAAAUGAGGCACAGUGCUCUGCCUGCUGCUCGGGGCCACGUGGGAUCCCCACAGAGAGCCGCAGUCCUCAGCUUUGUGCACAGAUGUGAGCGCAGUCACUGGUGUCCCCUCCCUGGGCAGAACACGCUGCUGACGUCUGGUUGUGGCUGUGCUAAUGCUGUGCGUUAGUCCUGAAAGAGAAAGGGGAAAGAGAGAGAAGGGUUUGUGUCUUCUCCUGACUAUGCAAAACCGAAUGAAACAGGAGACAGAGGCUACAAAUCCACCCUGUCCCAGUGCAGCCCAAAGAUAAAAGCGUUAAAAUGCUCUGUAAUUAGAGCCAGCCUCAAAGAAGACUUUCUAUGACGGCAGUAGGUCAGAUGCUCAGCUCUUACACCCUAUGGCACAGAAUGAAAGAACGCAAUUUUUCAGCGGUGCUGGGGUUCUCAUUUGGCUCAGCAGCAGCUCAGAGGUAUUUUUCCUUUUGUAAGAAAUAGGAACUGAUGGUGAGAUUCUGACUGCUUGGGUGGCACAGAAAUUGUAUAUAUAUAUUUAAAUGAUGGUCUUUUCUGGUUCCUAUACCUUUCAACAUAAGCACUGCCUUUUACAAAGAAACAAGGCAAAGUGAAAGCAUCAGUUAUAUGCAGCAUAGGCUCAAGCAGUUGAUUAGUACGUGUUACUCUGAAAGUUACAUCAGUUUGUAAGGUUGCUGAAUGGCCCCCCUGGCCCUGCUGGGCUCAGCCAGGAGCACACGAGCUCCUACAGACUGCAGAGGCGAGUGCUCCCUGUGCAGGUCAGCGCUCAGCUUUGAGCGUCCUGCUGAUUAAACUUGCUUUCGUGGAGACAGAGGCUCUGGGUUAUAUGGAGAGUAGAAGAGUCACAGGGCUUAGCUUAAGGGCUGAUUUCUAAUCUGGGAUGACAGCAUUCAUAGCCUGUGCUAUAACCACCUAUUCAAGCUUAUUUUUGAAAUUCUGCUUUUUCAGUGUUCAAACUGAAAACUCAGUUACCAGCGAUCCCCAAACGCUUCCUGAAAUCAAGAGCUGAACUCCUGAAUGAGCAGCACGUGGCUGUCACCUCCUGCACCUCGCUGCUCAGAGCUCUGCAGCCUGAUCUCCUGAAGCCCUGGGCAGCCACCCCACCUCUCUGCACCUCUUCUAGGUGACACUGGGGCUGUGGCACUGAGGGAUGUGGUCAGCGGGCAUGGAGCAGGUGGGGUGUGGAUUGGGGAGCUUACAGGAGCACAACACUGCUGGGCAUCACUGGUGUUGUUUGCAGCUUUAAAAACAUGGUUUCAAGACUUGAAUUCAGGGAUGAGAGAGAAAGAAACGUGGCAGAACACAGACAGAGCCACUGGGUUGAUGUUUGGGGAAUGUCACAGUGCAUGAGGGAGUUAGGGUAGGGGUUAGACUUACUAGGCUUUGCGUUUGAGUUAGAGUGAGCUCGGCCUUGGGUUUGAGUUAGGGUUAGGGUUGGGUUCAUAACUUGCUCUGUUGGUAGUAAUGUGAUGCCAGACACGAGCUGCCAGCUUUUAGCUGUGUGUGUGAUAUUGAAGUCUGCGUGUAACGAGAGCCCUGAGGACAGCCCCAAACUGUGCUCUGCUCCUGCCCAACUGUGGGUGCAGGGAACACGCUGCUGGUCCUGGGAUGUAGAGCGGGGGAGCCCAGAGCUGCAGGGCAUGCACAAUUUGGCAGGCUGGCUUGUGCAAUCAGGGCAGCGCUCUUAAAGCAAAGUUUUCUGUAAUUUCAAGAUUAAAUUUCUGAUCUGUGUGCUUGUUACUUCGAAUGGAAGAAGCUUACUGUAAAUUGAAGCAGUUUACUGUUUACUGUAUUGCAAAGCAAUACGUGGGCAGGGCUGUUGAUUAGUGCCCAGCUCCCAGCAACAGGUGGGACAGCAGAGCUUCUGGCACCACCUCAAGCAUUCACUGCUGAAAACAUUUAGGUCAGCACUGGCAAUGUAGGAUUUUGUUCUUCUGUUUUCACAAACAAAUGAAAAAAAAACCAAAAAAGAAACAAGAAGAGAUGGAAUGGAUCCAUGCAAAUUAAAAAGCAGCAGGAACGGAACUGGGCAUUCACAGUUUCAAGUACUGGUAAGCUCUCUAUCAUAGAGGGAAUCAAAGGCAAUUUUUAAGCAGCUAUUGUGUGUUCUGCUUUGAACUGAUUGUUGUUAAUGUCUCAUUAAAAGCAGCUGAGCUGCAUUAUUCAAUUUUCCAUACUGGCCUGGAAGCCCACAGUGUGGCUGACUGCUCCGAUGGGUGGCUGUUAAACUCCUUCUGUGGCAGAAAGAAGGAACAGAAUAAAUAACAGGCAACUGAUUUUUUCUGCCUUGGCCAGGUGAGCCAAUGCUGAAGUGCACAUAACUCCAGGGUAUUGCAUAGGAGUUGCUUUUCUGAUGCAGGGAGGUGCUGGAGAUUCCUCCCACCUGCACUGAUUCCUGCACAGUGGUGCACUGCGAUUUUGUAGCUCAGUGUCACUGGAUCUUUUGUCCACCUUAACUUCUAGACUUUCUUUCCAUCUGUCUUUUUUUCCCUCCUUUGUAUCCAACUUCUUCUUUUUUUCCUUCUCCUUUAGUUUCCCAACGUUCCAUCAUCUCCAUGCAUGAUAUUUUUUCCCUUCUCGUUUUUCCCUUCUGGGUUUUUCUCUUUUGUGGUACAGGAGCACAGACUUCAAGAUCAGUAUCUCCCUUCACCAUCUUCACCUCUCCAUUUGCCUGUGUUUUCAGCAUCAACUGAAAUUCCCUUUGUAUGGCUCCAGCUCAUGUGAUUGAGGAGUUGCUGUACGAUCAGGAGCAAAUUCAUCCGUGGUUGUUGAUUUCAUGCCUACGUCAUCAUGGAACAUCUCAAGUGAGCUAGAUAAAGAUUACUUCUUGACGCUCGACGAGCCGAUGAACAACAUCACCACCACUCUUGGCCAGACCGCAGAGCUGCACUGUAAGGUGUCCGGCAAUCCUCCGCCCACCGUGCGCUGGCUGAAGAACGACGCUCCCGUGGUCCAGGAGCCCCGGCGCAUCUCCUUCCGUGCCACCAGCUACGGCUCCCGGCUGAGGAUCAGGAACCUGGACACCACCGACACCGGCUACUUCCAGUGCGUCGCCACCAACGGCAGGAAGACUGUUUCUACGACCGGUGUGCUGUUUGUCAAAUUCGGUCCCCCACCAACAGCAAGUCCAGGAUCAUCGGAUGAGUACGAAGAGGAUGGUUUUUGCCAGCCCUACCGAGGGAUCGCUUGUGCACGGUUUAUUGGAAAUCGGACCAUUUAUAUGGAGUCUUUGCAUAUGCAAGGUGAAAUAGAAAAUCAGAUCACAGCUGCCUUCACCAUGAUUGGCACUUCCAGCCAUUUGUCGGAUAAAUGCUCCCAGUUUGCUAUUCCUUCACUCUGCCACUACGCCUUCCCCUACUGCGAUGAGACUUCCCCAGCUCCCAAGCCCCGGGACCUGUGCCGCGACGAGUGUGAAAUUCUGGAAAACGUCCUGUGUCAGACCGAGUACAUCUUUGCUAGAUCCAACCCCAUGAUUCUGAUGAGAUUAAAGCUGCCCAACUGUGAAGAUCUUCCCCAGCCAGACAGCCCGGAAGCCGUCAAUUGUAUUCGGAUUGGGAUUCCCAUGGCAGACCCCAUAAAUAAAAAUCACAAAUGCUACAACAGCACAGGGGUGGACUACCGGGGCACGGUGAGUGUGACCAGGUCGGGGCGGCAGUGCCAGCCGUGGAACUCGCAGUACCCGCACACGCACACCUUCACUGCCAUCAGGUACCCGGAGCUCAACGGGGGGCACUCCUACUGCCGCAACCCCGGCAACCAGAAGGACGCCCCGUGGUGCUUCACCUUGGAUGAGAAUUUCAAGUCCGAGAUCUGCGACGUCCCGGCAUGUGAUUAUAAGGAUGCCAAAGAAAAGAAUAAAAUGGAAAUCUUGUAUAUCCUGGUGCCAAGUGUUACUAUUCCCCUGGCCAUAGCAUUGCUCUUCUUCUUCAUCUGCAUCUGUCGCAACAACCAGAAGUCGUCCUCCCCUCCAGUUCAGAGACAGCCAAAGCACGUCAGAGGGCAGAAUGUGGAGAUGUCGAUGCUCAACGCCUAUAAACCAAAGAGCAAGGCUAAGGAGUUGCCUCUCUCUGCUGUUCGUUUCAUGGAAGAACUGGGUGAAUGUGCUUUCGGCAAAAUCUACAAGGGACACCUCUACCUUCCAGGCAUGGACCAUGCUCAGCUCAUUGCAAUCAAGACACUGAAAGACUUUAACAACCCCCAGCAGUGGGCAGAGUUCCAGCAAGAAGCAUCUCUUAUGGCCGAGCUCCACCACCCUAACAUCGUUUGUCUCUUAGGUGUGGUGACCCAGGAGCAGCCUGUCUGCAUGCUCUUUGAGUACAUGAACCAAGGAGACCUGCACGAGUUCCUCAUCAUGAGAUCACCGCACUCAGAUGUUGGGUGUAGCAGCGAUGAGGAUGGAACUGUAAAAUCCAGCCUGGACCACGGGGACUUCCUGCAUAUUGCAGUCCAGAUUGCAGCAGGGAUGGAAUACUUAUCAAGCCAUUUCUUUGUCCAUAAAGAUCUUGCGACUCGUAACAUUUUAAUUGGAGAACAGCUUCACGUGAAAAUAUCAGACCUUGGACUCUCGAGAGAAAUCUACUCAGCAGAUUAUUACAGAGUUCAAAACAAAUCUCUUUUGCCGAUUCGCUGGAUGCCACCGGAGGCGAUAAUGUACGGCAAGUUCUCUUCUGAUUCAGAUAUUUGGUCAUUCGGAGUUGUUUUAUGGGAGAUAUUCAGCUUUGGACUUCAACCGUAUUAUGGAUUUAGCAAUCAAGAAGUCAUAGAGAUGAUCAGGAAACGACAGCUGCUGCCGUGCUCUGAAGACUGCCCUCCUCGAAUGUACAGCCUGAUGACGGAGUGCUGGCACGACCUGCCCUCUCGGAGGCCGCGAUUCAAAGAAAUCCACGCCAGGCUGCGCUCCUGGGAGGGCCUGUCAAGCCACACUAGUUCUACCACCCCCUCAGGUGGGAACGCCACCACUCAGACAACUUCCCUCAGCGCAAGCCCCGUCAGUAACCUGAGUAAUCCCAGGUACCCUAACUACAUGUUUCCAGCACAAGGCAUAGCGCAAGGCCAAAUCGCCGGGUUCAUAGGGCCGCCCUUACCUCAAAACCAGCGGUACAUCCCGAUCAACGGGUACCCGAUUCCCGCAGGCUAUGCCGCUUUCCCAGCCGCCCACUUCCAGCCGCAGGGCCCGCCCAGGGUCAUCCAGCACUGUCCUCCUCCAAAGAGCCGAUCUCCCAGCAGUGCCAGCGGAUCCACUAGCACGGGUCACGUCACAAGUUUGCCAUCGUCAGGAUCCAACCAGGAGGCAAACAUCCCUUUGCUGUCCCAUAUGUCGAUCCCCAGUCACCCGGGCGGAAUCGGUAUAACCGUUUUUGGAAACAAAACUCAAAAACCGUACAAAAUUGACUCGAAGCAGUCUUCCCUACUAGGAGACUCGAGCAUCCACGGACCUAAUGAAUCUAUGAUUUCAGCUGAAUUGUAAAUAAGGGAGGCCUUUGUAAAUAUAACUAUUUACGAUACAAACUAGAAAGUAGUAGAAAAGAUUUAUAUUCAAAUAUUUUAUUAAAGAUUCUUCUGGUUGUUUAACAGACAUCGCAGCAAGUAUCUUCUGUGAAGUUUAACUGCUUGACAGGAUGGGCAGAGCAACCAGACAAAGAUCCUUGUGGUAUGAAUACUCAGCUUUGUGAAUGGACGCAUUGUUUCUCCAAGUGCCACCGACAGCUCCAAGAGGGGAAAGGGGGAAUUUUUUUGAAGCAAGAACAUUUUAUCAUACGCUUUUUCACAGCUUGUUAAGCCUCUGAUGUGGUUUAAAUCACAGGAAUUUUUUAAUGCUGAAAACGUAUUUUAAUAUUUGUCUCUUUUUUUAGGAGAUGCAAAUAUUCGGCGAUCUACUGGGUGUGCAAUUUCAGUUCCAAUAGCUAGUUAAAAUAUUUGCAGUCGAGGAUUAUGUUUCAAGUAUGCGAACUGAGAGCUGGAUAAAUUCCUUCAGGUAGGAUUUUGGUCUUGUGUUACGUUGGGAGUCUGAGUCCAGAUUCAGGCCAAAAAGGGCGUUUUACACGCCACAAUAGCUUGAGUUAUCAGCUUGAGAAAACCAUCUGCUAUUGGCUGCUGAAGAUGGCUGGAGUUGUAAGAAAUUGCCUUAAAGGAAAUGAAAUUAAAGUGCUUUAAUUUCAGAACCUGAAUCAACUUCUUGAAAGACAACAUUUCGUAAUUUUUAUAGGUAGAUAAAGUGGAAAUUGUGUAUCCUUUUGUUGCUAUGCAACUGUUUAAUGGAAAGGCUCCAAACAACAGUUUUAUAUAUGACAGUUUUUUCCCAGUAAUAUUUAUUGUUUCAGAUCAAUACGUAAUUUCAGUGACUAUGACUCCAGUAACCCUGAAAGAAGGGAAACUCGCAUUCCAUCAGGCAGCAGAUCCGUUGAUAGCAAUUUACGGUCAAUUUUAAUAAUGUGAAUUAAUUUUCAUCCUAGAAACAUGACAUGCAUUAAUUACUAAAAUGUAUUCAGGUAUGAGCAAUCUACAAUAUUCAUUUGAAACCACUUUAAUGAGUUACAGAAGUGCUGUGUACCUUAACGACUUUUCGCAGUCUCUCUUUUGUACUGAAUCGUAUUUUUUAUUGUACACAAUGGAAACAAUCUUUGCUCAGUUGACAGUGUUGUAUAAUAUGACUUUAUUUUUAUCUUUUUGCACAAAAGUGUGAUGAUGUUUUGUACAGCAGAAGUGAAAAUACAUCUCUGCAUUUUAUAUCUUGGUCUGUUUCUUUUUAUUUUUACCCUGAUGUAGAUGUUCUUGAAAUAUAUUAUGGUGAUAUUCAGCCACUACCUUAUGCAAAUAUUUUUCUUUGUUUUCACUGCAUGCGUUUAAUCACUGUAUUACUUGACGAUUGAUUUAUUAAUUACGGGCAUUUCAAUUAGGCAAGCAUGAAAAUGUAAUAACAAAGGCUAUUUUAUAACGAAGAUAUGUGCAUUUUUGUAUUUCACAUGCCAGAGAUGAUAUUAAACACUGAUUAUUUUA